CAAGCAUUAAAAGUGUAUUACUUCUACGACGUUUUAAAAUCAAAUACACGACAAUAGCUAUAACCAUAAUACAUAUAAGAAUAGUGAGAAUGCCAAAAUGAUAGAAACUUUUCCAUCACCAAAGAAAAGUUUCUAAAGAUGUGUCAAUGAAGGCCACUCUUAAUGGACUCCAUAAGGCAUACCACAAGGAUGUAGGCUUAAAGAGUCCAACUACUUGGGCAGAACUGCGGAAAGUGUGUUUUUUAGUGGAAAAACACAUUGAGAUACCUAACAUUUCUGCAACAUAUAAACCAGUGCAGCAAGAAAUACAAACGGGACCUUUAGAUCAGUUAUGUCAAGUAUUUGGCAAAAUGUGUGAGCAGCAGGUGGCAUUAAUGCAGCAGAUGCAGGAAACUGUGGCAGCAAGUCAACAACACCAUUGGCACCAGCAACAGAAUAGUCGGCAGUAUCACUACCAGAACAGACCUCAUAACAACAACUAUAACCAACAACCAAGGUCCCAGCGAGGCCCGCCACAUCAGAAAUAUAGAGCCAAUAACAACUUUCAAAGACAGGCCGUCACAUAGCUUUAGAAUGAUGGAAUCCAGGAAUUCCUUUCAAGUUCCAGCGCUUGAUCUGGCUUCCCUGAGACAGAGCUCACCAAAUAUUCCGAACACUAAACCCAACGGUCAACAUGAACAAAAUGUCACGGGUACAACACCAGACAGUGCAUCAGGUUAUGAUAUACAAUACGGAACAGAGGUUUUUAAAGGAAUAGAUAUGUUUCGCACAGAUACACCUAACACAUUACUGGCAGAUUUUCCCAACAAACCAGAUAUUACCCUCAAAUGUGAAAAAUGUGGAUAUUUUGUUAACAUUGUUGAUCUGAAAGAACAUCGGAAAUAUCACGGCUGUUUAUUACUCAUGAAAUAUAAGGGAGAUUCACUACCACAGAAUGUAGAUGAACUGUUUAAAAGAAGAGGUCAGCUGAUUAAAAAACUUAAACAAAUGGCCGUGGGCAAAUCACCUCCAGACCCUCAUCAUAUACAACAGAUCAAUGAGGCGUAUGAAUACCUGAAAGCCAAUUUGGAGGACACUUAUGAAGAAUUCCGUCAAAUACAAAGUGAUGUUGAUACGCAAGUAAAUGGAGUAGCUUUGAAUUGUAGUCCAUCUUGUGCGUAUGCCGUGGGUAUUGCUUCCAGUAGCAAUCAGCGCUGGAAAAAGAAUAUGGAGGAUACACGAGUGUACCAAGAUUAUUUUGGUGAAGAUCCAAACAAAUGCUAUCUGGGGAUUUUUGAUGGUCAUAACGGACACUUUGCCGCUGAAGCAGCUGCUAUGGAACUUCAUGGAAUUUUAUUAAAUGAGAUGCAGAAGUUUGAUCCAAAAACAAAAUCUACAGUAGCGCUAAAUGUGGUGGACGAAAACACCAUAGCAACACAUCGCCCUAUGACACAAGAGAGUGAGCGUGCCAAUUUACAUGAAGACAGUGUGAAACUAGUGCAACAAAUAAUUGCCAUGUGCGAAGAAAAAUAUGCACAAUUAAUGGGAGACAAUGUAGAAAAUUCACAAAAAGCUAAAUCUAAAUUCAAAAAUCCUUUUUCAGAAAAAAUAUCUGAAGCAUUUAAAAAAGCAUAUCAAUUAUUUGACAUAUUCUUAUCGUAUGGAAAAGAUGAACAUUCGAAAGUUCGGUGGAGUGGUUGUUCAUCUUUAAAUGUCAUUAUACAAGAUACGGCCAAAGCAGACACCGUUUGUGACAGUGAAGAUGGUGUGUCUCCUGAAACUCCUAAGGAACUGGGCCUCCUACAUUUAGCUAAUGCAGGAAAUGUUCGUGGGGUAUUAGUACGAGGUAACAGAUCAUAUCAACUGACUAAAGAUCAUACACCUAAAAAUAGGAAAGAGAGAGAACGAGUUAUUAAAGCAGGUUGUUCAGUAAAUGUUGGUUCCAAGGAUUGCAGGGUUAAUGGAAUAUUGUCAACAACCAGAGGUCUUGGUAACCAUGGUGAUUUAAAGUUAAAGAAAAGUGUUUUGGUAGAACCUUAUACAACAUGUGUUGCCAUUGAUCAGUAUGCCCAGUUCCUUGUUAUGGCAUCAAAUGGUGUAUGGGAGGUAUUUUCUGACCUAGAAGUGGCAUCACUCCUAUUAAAGCAUAUCAGAAAAACUAUAAAGAAUAAGCUCUUGCCAUGUAACCAAGUUCCACCUCCAAGCCGAAUGUCGGAAUCAGUAGAACUCCUGAUAUCUAAAGAGAGUUCUGAUAAUCUAGACAUUAUCUUAGAGAAAGGAAUAGCAGAGGAGAACACCAGUACAGAAAGAAAAGAAAAACGUGUGGAUGGUGUGACAAUUUAUGCCGAUUUAAAAACAGAAGUCGGCAGCCAUUAUGGGGAAGACUUAGAUACCAGUCUCCAUGACAACGAAAUGAUCUCCAUGCCAGUUAACUGUCAUAUACCUGAUCACAAACCAGAGACCCAAUCAGAUUUCAGAAGAGAAUUAGCUAAAUCAAUGGCAGAGCAUUUAGUCCAGGCAGCUCUAUUAGCUGGAUCAAGAGAUAACAUUACAGUUAUGAUAACUUUAUUACCUGGAUGUGGUAUUUGAGGUGUGAUAGGACAAAUUUUAUAAACCAUACAAUCUGUGAUAUUAUUGAAUUUAAAUUGACAAUUUUAGUCACAAUUAAAAGAUAAUAAAACUCAGUAUGUCUAUUUAUUGAUAAAAAAAGUCAUUAUCAUAAACAUC